UGGCCUUUUCCCCCUUCCUUUUCGGGCGUAAUUAACCACACAACACACAAGGCUACUUUUUUCUCAACAUUUACAAAAACACACACAACACACACUUCCUUCUUCAGUAACUGUGUCUUGGCUCCAUUUGAGUUGAAAACGCAAUCAAGAAGCUCUUUGCUCUGUUUCUUUUCGUGGGCUGUUCUUGUUUUUUAUUAUCUCGAAAGUGUUUUUAGUUUUCGCUAGAGGUGGUUAGUUUUAGGUAAUUAAUGGCGACGAUUCCGUUACCAAGUGGUGGAAAUGGGAUGUCUUGGUUGAAAUCCGAUACAACUCGGGCUGUAUCAGACCGUUUUGCGUCGGUCAAGAACGUUAAUGACUUGUUCUUCAGCUCUUCUGGACUAAAAGGUGGAAGAAAAAUACUUGCUCGAACAAAGAUUCUUGCUGUUAAAUCCUCGGAGCGGAUUCAGUCUGCUAAUAAAAGCAAUAGUAGUGGUACUAGUAACAACAACUUCCCCUCUUUAAAUGGCCCUGCAACCACUCUGUCUAGGGAUUUUGCUUUGGACCAGACAACAAUGGAUGCCAAUCCUUGGAGAAAAACAAAGAUAGUAUGCACGAUUGGUCCUUCAACAAGUUCUCGUGAAAUGAUCUGGAAACUGGCAGAAACAGGAAUGAACGUAGCCCGUUUAAAUAUGUCGCACGGAGACCAUGCAUCUCACCAAAAAACAAUUGAUCUGGUUAAGGAGUACAAUGCUCAGUUUGAUAGCAAGGUUAUAUCAAUUAUGCUGGACACCAAGGGACCUGAGGUCAGAAGCGGAGAUGUGCCGCAGCCAAUCCUCCUCAAAGAGGGACAAGAGUUUAAUUUCACCAUUAAAAGAGGAGUUUCAACGGAAAAUACUGUUAGUGUUAACUAUGAUGACUUUAUAAAUGAUGUGGAGGUUGGGGAUAUACUACUAGUUGAUGGGGGAAUGAUGUCAUUAGCAGUGAAAUUAAAGACAAAGGAUUUAGUAAAAUGUGAAGUAGUCGAUGGUGGAGAGCUGAAAUCAAGAAGACAUUUAAAUGUGCGUGGGAAAAGUGCAACUCUACCUUCAAUAACAGACAAAGACUGGGAAGAUAUCAAGUUUGGUGUGGAUAACCAAGUUGAUUUCUAUGCUGUUUCUUUUGUGAAGGAUGCAAAGGUGGUCCAUGAAUUGAAAGAUUAUCUUAAAAGCUGCAAUGCUGAUAUUCAUGUCAUUGUGAAGAUUGAAAGUGCCGACUCUAUACCAAAUCUUCAUUCUAUCCUUACUGCAUCUGAUGGGGCAAUGGUGGCCCGUGGCGACCUUGGAGCUGAACUUCCAAUUGAGGAAGUCCCUCUGUUGCAGGAGGACAUUAUUAAAAGGUGUCGCAGCAUGCAGAAACCGGUGAUUGUAGCAACUAAUAUGCUGGAAAGCAUGAUUGAUCACCCAACCCCAACAAGGGCUGAAGUUUCAGAUAUAGCCAUUGCAGUGAAAGGGGGUGCUGAUGCAGUAAUGCUUUCAGGAGAAACUGCUCAUGGAAAAUAUCCAUUGAAGGCUGUUAAAGUAAUGCAUACUGUGGCACUAAGGACUGAGUCAAGCCUACUAACCAGUAUAGCUCCUCCAAGUCAAUCUUCUGCAUACAAGGGCCAUAUGGGAGAAAUGUUUGCUUUUCAUGCAACCACAAUGGCUAAUACACUUGCUACCCCAAUCAUUGUUUUUACAAGAACAGGGUCCAUGGCUAUUCUUUUAAGUCAUUAUCGGCCUUCCUCAAUAAUAUUUGCUUUCACAAAUAAUGAGAGGGUGAAGCAACGGCUGGGUCUUUAUCAAGGUGUGAUGCCCAUAGAUAUGGAAUUUACAGAUGAUGCAGAAGAGACCUUUUCUCGAGCAUUGAAACUUCUAUUGAUUAAGAACCUGAUGAAGGAGGGAGAAUUUGUUACUCUUGUCCAAAGUGGAGCGCAGCCAAUCUGGCGUCGGGAAUCUACUCAUCAUAUUCAAGUUCGUAAAGUCCAAGGUUAAUUCAUGUAUUUUUCAAUUUGUUGAAUAGAGAGUAUAUUGGAUAGUUAAACAUCGAGAUUGCAGUUUUCUGUUUCUUUCUUUGUGGCUUUUGUCAUACGAGUUUUUGUUGCUACUGUAAAAUUAGUGAAGCUUCUAAGCUUCUAAAAGAAACAGAGUUUUGUUGCUCUUAUAUGUGCUGGUUUACAAAUUCAUUGUCCUAUCAUUUGCAAUAGUUAUAUGAUUCUGGAACCUUUAAAUGGGUUUUGUUCU